AUGGCCUACCGGCCGCGGAGCCCUCCCCGCUACGGGGACUCCAGCUCGCGAUCCCCGAGCAGCAGAUGGUCCCUGGGACGGAAGCGCAGGGCCGACGGGGAGCGCCGGAAGCCGGACGACUGCGACCUGGACGCCGUCCACCACGAGCCCCGGCGCCCGGACCACCGACCGGACAGCUUCACCACGCCCGAAGGCCCGAAGCCCCGUUCCCGAUGUACAGACUGGGGAAGUGCUGUCGAGGAAGAUGAAAUGAGAACCCGAGUUAAUAAAGAAAUUGCAAGAUAUAAAAGGAAACUUCUCGUCAACGACUUUGGCAGAGAGAGGAGGUCAUCCUCAGGAAGUUCUGACUCAAAGGAGUCCGUGUCCUUGGUGCCGGCUGACCUGGAAACGGAUGAGAGCGUGCUGAUGAGGAGACAGAAGCAGAUUAACUACGGCAAGAACACCAUCGCUUAUGACCGCUACAUCAAAGAAGUGCCCAGACAUCUCAGACAGCCUGGCAUUCACCCCAAGACCCCGAACAAGUUUAAGAAGUACAGCCGGCGGUCGUGGGAUCAGCAGAUCCGACUGUGGAAGGUGGCGCUGCACUUCUGGGACCCUCCUGCCGAGGAGGGCUGUGACCUGAAGGACCUGUACCCUGUCGACCUGAGUGAAAUGGAGACUGAGUCAGCAGAAAGCAGCUCAGAAUCCCAGACCAGCUCGCAGGACAACUUGAUUCAGGAUGUUCUGGACGAUGGCACCAUCCACCUGCCCUGCUCGGGAAACACAGCGCUGGCCAAACACUGCCGUCCUGCAGAGGCAUGGCCCCCCUGCCCGGGGGGUGAAGUGGUCUCAGGAACAGGCCAGAUCCCCGUCUCCCGGCUGUCCCACCCGCGUCCCCAGCCCGGCAGUGGUGCUCGCAGCGACUUGUCUACGCCCUCUCCUUCUGAUCAGGAGCAAGGGACGCCUGCCCUGCCCACAGAGCUAUACCUCGCCCUUGGGACCUGGGUGCUCUUUAGCACCGCACCUGCUGUGGCCCAGAUGCCCUAA